GGAAGUUCACUAUUCCGAAAGAUGUUACCUGCGCUAUACCUGUUUACAAGCUGCACAGAGACCAAGAAAUUUUUCCAAAUCCUGAAGAAUUUGAUGCGGAGCGAUUUUCACCUGAAAACUGCAAAAACAGGCAUCCGUAUGCAUACAUGCCUUUUUCUAUGGGCCCAAGGAUGUGCAUAGGUUACCAGUUCGCUAUGAUGGAACUGAAAGUGAUAGUAAGUAAAUUAUUAAGAAAGUUUGAAUUCACUUCUUUGGAUCCGAGAAGUCGAUCUCAGGAAAUGUUUACGGUGGUACUGGCAAACUCAAAGCCUCUGCGUAUUCAUCUAAAGCAGCGAACUCCAGCAUGAGAACUUUUUUCGUUAUUUUAUGCUUAGAAUGACAUCCUGUGUCAUUAAAGUGUUCUAAUUAUUUUUCA